CACAACGUUGUGGAAGAAUUGCAGACUCCAGAACUCACUUCCUUGAGUGUUUAUUUCCCUGUAACAUUCUGGCUCUUGGACAAUGAGCUAGUCUGUUUAGCAGGGGAAAAAAACAACCAAACCAACAAAAAACUCCAAGAAAAACACCAAACACCCCCAAAUGGGACUCUGAAGUGGUCUUAAUCCAGUGGUUUGUGGUCUGGGCCAGAAGGAAUACUCUGUCCCAUGCAUGCUAUUCCCAGAGUGGGUAGAAGCAGCAGCUUUGGACUCCCAGAGCUGCACUUGGCUCUGUCUCCGGGCGUUUGCCUGGAGCACUGUUUGAGCUCCUUCUCCACCAAACAGUCCCAGUGCAGGGCUUCUCUUGGCAGCUGGAUGUGGAAUGUCCAUGUGGUCCUUCUGAGGAGAGCUCCAGGGGUUCCAUGGCUCCAGGAGGUCCCAGAGCAGUGGGGUGCCCGGUGCUCUCUCAGCACUCACACAGUGGGUGCAGCUUUGCCCUGGAUCCCCGUGGGCAGCACACGAGGCACAGGGGCCCCAGUGCCCCCAGCCAGGCCAGCUCUGGGAGCCAGCAUUGCCCAGGGAGCAGGGACUGAGCUGGGGCUGCAGGGCCAUGUCAGUGGCCCAAUACAAGUUCUCCUCCAAGCUGAGCUACGACAUGGUCACAUUUCAUGGCCACAGCAUUGCCCUGGGUGACCUCGAGCACCAGAUCAUGGCCUGCGAGAGGCUGAAGGUGGCCAACUGUGAGAGGAGCUGUGUCUGCUGCACUGCUGGAAGUGCCCAAGCCUAGGCUGGAUGGGGCUUGGAGCAGCCUGGUCGGGCAGGAAUGUUCCUUUACCUGUCCCUGACGGGGUGGAACAGGACGAUGGCUGAGCUCCCUCAGCCCAGCCGUUCCAUGGCUCCGUUGAUCCUCCCUGGGCUGGGAGCCGCUGGUGCCCGGCAGCGCAGCGGGGGCGUUGCCUGGCAACGGGAGUUGUGAUGAAGAGGAGCACGAGCAGCGCAGGCUCCAGUCCUGCAGGGGAUGAGGAAGGAGCAAGGAGCUGCUGCUGCUCAUCCUUUUCAUUCUCGCUUUUGCCCAUCGCUGCUACCAUCCCUUUGGUUCAUCCCUUUCGUCAUCCCUUCUGCUCAUCCCUGACAGACCCAGCUGGGCAGGAAGGCUUGUGACCAAGCAUGGAAGAAGAGACAAGCAACAUCCCUGCAGACAUGGCAACAUCCCUGGAGGCACUCAGCCUCUCCCAGCUGCUAGAUCUUGCCAUUGGGGCACCCGAGCGUGGCACUGUGCAUUUUCUGGCCAUACGAAAACUGCUGGAGGUUGUGCUGGUGCACCUGAAUGUGCAGUACCUGACCACCCAGGAGCCGUGGACAGGCCAGUUGGGUGGCCCCUCACUCGCCGACAUGGCCUCUGGCAUGGAACAGAUGAAGAAGGAGAUUCAAAACUACAAAAAAAAGUCUAAGGGUCAUCAAGAUGAUAUUGGUGGGAUAAAGGCAGAAAAUUCCCGUAUGGCUGAGGACAUCAAGAACAUGCAGGAGGCACAGGCAAUGGCUGCUGCCAAGCAUCUUCAGGAGACAGAAAGUUUAAAGACUGCCCAGCGUCGCCUGAUAGAGGACAUGAAGAAGAUCCAGAGCUCACGGGAUGAGGACAUGGCUGCUGUCCAGGACGUCCGGGACGAGAUUGACAAGAUAAAGGCACAACUGGCCCUCAUAGAAGAAGAAAUAAAGAAGAUAAAGGAUGCCCUUGCCUUAAUGAAGAAGCUGGAGGAGGACAUUAAAAAGCUGAGGGCAGAAACAGCCAAGUGGAAAGAAGAGAUUAACAAGGAGAUCUCUCAGAAAUUUGAGGCUAUGCAACAGGAAACAAAGCGUGAGCUGAAGAAGAUGGAGGAGCAGCAGGAGCUGAGGAAUGCCAUGCUGCAGCAGAUGGUGGCUGAGACAGCCAACCAGCUGAACGAGCAGGAUGAGGAGCUGGCACAGCAAAUGGAAGCCAAGUUUGCGCAGAUUCAGAGGGACUAUGAGAAGCUCAGCUUUGCCUCAGGGAGUCUCCAGAAGGACUCUCAACAAAAGCAGAAAGCAAUCGAGAUGCUGUUCCAGUCUCUGGAGAAGCUGCAGAAGGAGAAAGCAGAUGAGCAGGACAUGUUGGCAGCAAUAGACGUGAAGGCAGAUAAAGCUGCCUUGGGCAGCAAAGUCGAUUCCAGCCAGUUUGAAGAGAACAUGGAGCAGCUGGGAAGCAAACCUGGAGAGGCUGCAUGA